AUGGUGCUUUACCUUCACUCCGCCCUUCUAAAACCCCAAACCCACCUUCUCUUUCUUCUUCUUCUUCAUCCACUACUCUCCACGAUCGCAUCAAGGUCAUCAGAGACCCAAAAGCCUCGGUUUCUACCAGUGCUCGAACAGUGGGUCACUGAAGGUGGAGCUGUUGAGAAGCAAGAGCUUCAGUCACUGGUUCGACUCUUGAAGGACUUCAGACGCUUCAAUCACGCUCUUGAGAUAUCCCAGUGGAUGACGGACCGAAGGUAUUUUGAUUUAUCACCAAGUGAUGCUGCGGCUAGACUGAACUUAAUCCACAGAGUGCAUGGACUAGAGGAUGCAGAAAACAUUUAUGUGCAAGAGAAUUCUGUUGAGAAAGCAGAAGCCACUAUGCAGAAAAUGAAAAAGUUGGGUAUGGCAAAGACAUCAUUCCCUUACAAUAUGUUGAUCAAUCUUUACUCUCAAAAUGGAGAACAUGAGAAGAUUAACAUACUGAUGCAAGAAAUGGAAGAGAAUGGAAUUCCUCUCGACAAGUACACUUUGAGAAAUCGAAUGAUUGCAUACAUUGCAGCAUCUGACAUGCCUGGGAUGGAAACUAUCCUGAAUAGGAUGGAGGAAGAUUCAAACUUCAUUGUUGACUGGAAAAUAUAUUCAAUGGCAGCAAGUGGGUAUCUAAAAGUCGGGAUGAUAAAAAAGGCUUGUUCAAUGCUGAAAAUGAUGGAGAGAAUGAUGCCUCUCCAGGGCAGGAAAUCAUUAGAAUUUCUUAUCACUCUUUAUGCAAAUACUGGCCAUAAAGGGGAGCUAUACAGAGUUUGGAAUACAUACAAGCAAUCAAAUGAACCAAUGGAUGUACCAUAUGGUUGCAUGAUCUCAUCUUUGGCAAAGCUUGAUGAUAUUGAGGGGGCUGAGAGGAUAUUUGAGGAGUGGGAGUCACAAUGCACAGAGUAUUAUGACUUUCGGGUGUUGAACAGGCUUCUUGUUGCGUAUUGCAAAAAGGGUCUUUUUGAUAAAGCAGAAUCAGCUGUAAAGAAGGCUGCGGAAGGAAGAAUCCCUUAUGCUAGCACAUGGAAUGCGUUAGCAAUGGGUUAUACGGAAAGUAAGCAAAUGCCUAAAGCAAUUGAAACAUUGAAGAAAGCACUGUCAGUCGAUAGGUGGGGCUGGGUGCCUGAUUCCAGUACUCUGACAGCAUGUUUGGAUUAUUUGGAAGGGCAAGGAGAUUUUGAAGGAAUUGAAGAGAUCAUAAGUUUACUAAAGAACUUGGGUCCUUUGUCCAGGGAUUUGUAUCACAGACUGCUGAGGGCUAGUGCUGCAUCUGGAAAAUCAGUUUCUAUAAUUCUUGAUCAGAUGAAAGUGGAUGGUUUUACUGCUGAUGAAGAAGCAUACAAGUUUCUUGAAACAGGGCCAAGUUAG